AAAGGUUACGCGCAUGCGCAGUUCCCGGAUUUCCCCUGGCCACUGAGUGGAGCAGUGAGGUUGGGCGAUAAACAGGCUGUGGCUGGGGAGGAGGGGCGGGGACGUUUGUUCCUCCGGGACUUUUCACGCCCCCUAUUUCGUUAGGUGUGGUUAGGUUCGGACGCGGGGUCCUGGCGGCGGGCUGGAGCCUACUUCUUUGUGAAAGGGGAAAGUAGCUCCCUCGGAGCACUGGUGAAGUUGCGGAGCGGGUGCGAGACGGCGGUUUUCCCCUAUGCCAGCCAAAUGGUGCGGCCCUGAGCUGUUUCAGGACCCAGCCCGACGUGUCUGAGAGAGGCCCCGGAGGGGGCAGGGAGGUGGCCCGCAGAACGCGGGUUCUGUGAAGAGACGUGAGAAAAUUCGACUCGGAGAAGAGGAAGAGCCCGAUUGAAAGGGAGCGAGGCCGCUGAGGGGGAGGGGGCUGCCAAGAUGGCGUCGGCCUCCUCAGGGCUGUCGUCGGUCGGGUUUUCAUUCGCGGAUCCCGGCGUCCCUUCCUGCGCCUCGUCCUCAGGUUUCAACUUUCUGUGCUGUGGGGUCAGCCGUAAGAGAGCAUCUGGAAUCAAGAGACCCAUGGCAUCUGAGGUGCCAUAUGCCUCUGGCAUGCCCAUGAAGAAAAUAGGCCACCGAGGUGUUGAUUCCUCAGGAGAGACGACAUAUAAAAAGACAACCUCAUCUGCCUUGAAAGGUGCCAUCCAGUUAGGCAUUACUCACACUGUGGGAAGCCUGAGCACCAAACCAGAGCGUGAUGUCCUCAUGCAAGACUUCUAUGUGGUGGAGAGUAUCUUCUUUCCCAGUGAAGGGAGCAACUUGACUCCUGCUCAUCACUACAAUGACUUUCGCUUCAAAACCUAUGCACCUGUUGCCUUCCGUUACUUUCGGGAGUUAUUUGGUAUCCGGCCUGAUGAUUACUUGUACUCCCUCUGCAGUGAGCCACUGAUUGAACUCUGCAGCUCUGGGGCCAGUGGUUCCCUCUUCUAUGUGUCCAGUGACGAUGAAUUCAUCAUUAAAACGGUCCAGCAUAAAGAGGCGGAGUUUCUGCAGAAGCUGCUUCCAGGAUACUACAUGAACCUCAACCAGAACCCUCGCACUUUGCUGCCUAAAUUCUAUGGACUGUACUGUGUGCAGGCAGGUGGUAAGAACAUUCGAAUUGUGGUGAUGAACAAUCUCUUACCACGGUCAGUCAAGAUGCACAUCAAAUAUGACCUCAAGGGCUCAACCUACAAACGGCGGGCUUCCCAAAAAGAGCGAGAGAAGCCUCUACCCACCUUUAAAGACCUGGACUUCUUACAAGACAUUCCAGAUGGUCUUUUUUUGGAUGCUGAUAUGUACAAUGCUCUAUGUAAGACCUUACAGCGUGACUGUUUGGUGCUGCAGAGCUUCAAGAUAAUGGACUAUAGCCUCUUGAUGUCAAUCCAUAACAUAGAUCAUGCCCAACGAGAGCCCUUAGGCAAUGAAACACAGUAUUCAGUUGAUACUCGCAGACCAGCCCCCCAAAAGGCUCUCUAUUCUACAGCUAUGGAAUCUAUCCAGGGCGAGGCUCGGCGAGGUGGCACCAUGGAGACUGAUGACCAUAUGGGUGGCAUCCCGGCCCGCAAUAGUAAGGGGGAAAGGCUGCUGCUUUAUAUUGGGAUCAUUGACAUUCUUCAGUCUUACAGGUUUGUUAAGAAGUUGGAGCACUCUUGGAAAGCUCUGGUACAUGAUGGGGACACCGUAUCGGUGCAUCGGCCAGGCUUCUAUGCUGAACGGUUCCAACGCUUCAUGUGCAACACAGUGUUCAAGAAGAUACCCUUGAAGCCCUCUCCUUCCAAAAAGUUUCGGUCUGGCUCAUCUUUCUCUCGGCGAGCAGGCCCCAGCGGCAACUCCUGCAUUACUUACCAGACAUCGGUCUCUGGGGAGCACAAGGCACAAGUGACAACAAAGGCGGAAGUGGAGCCAGGCGUCCACUUCGGUCGUCCUGAUGUUUUACCUCAGACUCCACCUUUGGAGAAAAUCAGUGAGGUCACGACUAUUCCUGACCCCUAUUUCUCACCUGUAGUUGGAGAGACUUUACAAAUGCAAUCUACAAGCAUUCAGUUCCUUGUGGGUUACUGGACAGAGGGCAUUAGUUCCUCACCAGCUGUUGGCUGGGGACCUCCCUGUUCUUUGCCACAUGAGCCUCUCUGUUAGGACAACUCAGCACAUAGCAGCUGGCUUCUCUCAAGAGUGAGUAAAUGAGAGUGCAUGCACCUUUGCAGAAGCCAUAAUCUUUUUGUAACCUAACCUCAAGAUUGACAUCCUGUCACCUGUACUGCAUUGUAGUCGCUAAAUGUGGCCCACACGCCCACACUCACAAGGAGAAGGGCUUACACAAAGGUAUGAAUAUCAGGAAGCAGAGAUCAUGGGGAGCCACCUAAUGAGCGACCUGUCACAGUCCAUCUUCUGGCCCCCAAUAAUUCACAUCCCUCCAUGUGCAAAAUGCGUUCAUUGGCUCCCAUGGUCUCUAAAGUCCCAUCCCCAUUAUAGCAGCAGCUCAAAUUCCAGAAUUUUGUCCUCUGAAUUAGGUCUUGGUUUGAACGAAUUCCCCAGGUGGUGUUCCUCGAGUAUAGUUCCUCUCAGUCUUUUGACCUGUGAAAAAUAAAGAGGUUUUCUCCCUUCAUACCCAGCAGACAGUGGUGAGGCAGUAAGGAGAUAACCACUGUACACAUUCCUGUACAAAAAGAGGAGCGAAGGAGGCACAGAGGAGUCACUGGUGCAUAGCUAAGUCCAAAAUCCAGCGAUUGUUGGAGUUUCUUUUAUCGAGUCUCAAAACAUGGGGGUAAUUCUCCAUGGCUCUUGGCUCCACCCUUUGGAGUCUUGGUUUUGCUUUCUGGGUCUUCCCUUUUCACAAAAGGUAGAAUGUGUUUGCAGCUGAGUAGUUUUGUCAGCCUGCUCUCUUGCCAGUACAAUUUUAGGGUCCAGUGGUCUCUUCAUUUUGUACUGUUUCUGUCCCUUUCAGUCCAAGCUGGUAAUGUUUCUGUUGUUAUAAUGCCCUCAUAGAUUUUGUGGACCUCCUAUGAAUCUCAUUGGGAUUCGGUCCUUCAGACAAAAGCCACACCCACAGAUACUGACCGUCUUGAUAUAAGCCCUGUGCUUCUUAGAGAUCCUGUUGUUGAGAGGAUCUACAAGACAUUAAUCUUUUUGGAUGGCCUUUUGCAUGAUUGAAUAGUACUCUAACCAACAAACUUUGAUUUUUCUGAGGUCUCAAAAAAAUGUUUUACAGUCAUACCAUUGGCUUUGUCUUUAGGGCACAUUUUCCUGGUAGUACUCAGGUUAUAAAACCUUGCUUGUUCACAAGCCGUUUCUUAAUUUCAGCGUGGUUUGCUAUCUGGAGGGGCUCAGAAUUUUCAAAACCAUUAAGUCCUGGCAAGUCCUCCUUUUAUUUAAUAGUCCUUCCCUUAAUCUUUUUCUUCUCUUAAGUUUUAUUCUAAGCAUUAUUAAGAAGGAAUUGCAUGGCACCUUCAGGACUUUGCUUAGAAUUCUCCUUUGCUAGAUCACCCAGUUCAUUAGGCACAUAUUCUACUUUUCACAUAACUGCAUAUGAUAUUGUUGCUAAACUUUGUUCCACUAAAUUCCUUCACUUGCCAGUAAGAUCUUUCUUACUCUCCUUUCAGCCCACACUGGCCACUCACCUAUUCAAGUCUAAAAUUCUACAGUAUAUUCAUGGCACUUUUAAACUUUCACUAAAACUCUCCUUAAAGCCCACUUCCCUCUUCCAAAGCUACUUCCACUUUUUAGAUUUUUAGUUCAGCAGCACUUCACUUUCAAGUACAAAAAGCUGUAUUAUCGAUUGUGUAAUAAAUUACCUCCAACUUGGCAGCUAAAAACUACAAACAUUUAUUAUCUCAGAUUUUAUGUGGCUUAAAUACUUCAUUGUGACUUAGCUGGGUGCCUUUGGCUCAAGGUCUCUCAGGAUAUUACAUUCAAGCUGUUUGUAAGGGAAGUAGCCUCAUCUGGAGGCUCGCCUGAGGAAGGAUCCAUUUCCAAACUCACUUAUGUGGUUGUUGGCAAGAUUCAGUUCCUUGCAGGCUGUUGGCCAGUGGUACUUCCUUAGUUCCUUGUCACAUGCUUCUCUCAGAGCAAACAGAGCAUGAGCCAAAGAGGAAGCUAGGUAGGGUAUUUGGUAACCUAAUCUCAGAAUUGAUGUUUUCUCAUCUGUCCACUAGAAGAGAAUCACUAAAUCCAGCCUACAUUCAAAAGAAAAUUUUACAAUGGCAUAAAUAUCAGGCAGCAGUGAUCACUGAGUGCCUGCCACACCUGGGAAUUGAGGACAGAAGGGGAGGAUAUUAGGAAAUACUUUGUAGUACUCAAGAUGAUAAAUAGUUAAUUAAAAUGGCAUGCUUCUAAAUCUGGUAGUUUCUUAACCUUUUCUUUCUGAAUCCUAAAUUGAUCUUGAAGUGAAAUAUGGAGAAGCAGUAUAAGAUCUGACUUGAAAGGAGGGUCCUUUUUCUUUUUUAUCUUCUAAUACUUCUCUCUGCCUCCAUUUUUUUUUUCUCC